AUGUCUAACGAAAAUUUUCCUCAACCAAUGGAUAUAGAUGAUAUUAUUAAGACCAACGACGAGAAUGAAAACUACAAAAAUAGCUGUCAAAUUUUAUUAUUAUAUUUAGGGCGUUAUCUUACAGAAAAAGAAGAAGAAAACGUACUUUCCAAGAAUGAAAAAGAUAAAACCGCUUUCUUUUGUUUCAAAAAAUCUGCUAAAUUAGGUUCUAAUGAAGGGUUAUUUAGACUCGGUUGCUGUUAUCUCUAUGGUGUUGGAAUUGAAAAAAAUUGUCAAAAAGCUUUAGAAUAUUUUGAAAAGAAACGUCUUACCAAAGACGAACAUAAAACUUGA